AUGAGUGCCGAGGAGGACGCCAAGUGGCUUCAGUGGGUGACACACCAGUUUGAGACCACUGCGGGAUAAGACAGGGAAACCAACCUGCAAGAGCUCAAAAGAGCCCUGGACGUGAAAGAGUCCUUCUUUGCCAAGAGAUUCUUCAUUCUGUUUGACUCAGAUGGAAGUGGCACCAUCACGCUUCAGAAGCUCCAGGAGUCGUGGACCCUGCUCAUCCACGGCAGUCCCAGAGACAAACUCCAAUUUCUCUUCCAGGUGCAUGAUGUUGACGUUUGCUACAAGCAGGGCGAGUCUGCAAGUACAGAGCGAGGUCUGGGGGCAGACCCCCACUUGGCGUCAUCCUCACUUGGGCCAGGGAGCGGCUCCAUCAGUGAUGAGCUGCGCAUCGUGCUGCUGUCGUGCCUGCGUGAGAGCGCCAUCUCGCUGCCCGAGGAGAAGCUGGACCAGCUGACUCUGGCGCUCUUCAAGUUGGUGGACAAGGACUGCAGCGGCGCCAUCACCUUCGAUGAGCUUCGAGACGAGCUGCGGCGCUUCCCCGGGGUCAUGGAGAACCUGACCAUCAGUGCUGCCCACUGGCUGACUCCUUGCGCCGCCGGGCCGCCCCGACACUGUCCUCGCCAGCUGACCUCUGCCUACUGGCACAACCACCACAGCCACCUGGCCGCCUACGUGGGCCUCCACGUGCUGCUCUUUGCCCUGGCAGCUAGUGUGCACCGGCCCCUCGGCGCCAGUGUCAUGGUGGCCAAGGGCUGCGGCCAAUGCCUCAACUUUGACUGCAGCUUCAUCGCGGUGCUGAUGCUUAGACGCUGCCUCGCGUGACUGUGGGCCACGUGGCUGGCUCAGGUCCUGCCGCUGCGCCACGACCUCCAGUUCCACCAGCUUAUGGGCUACGUGGUGGUCGGGCUCUCCCUCGUCCACACCGUGGCCCAUGUGGUGAACUUCGCACUCCGGGCUCAGUCCGAGGCCAGCCCCUUCCAGUUUGGGGAACUGCUGCUCACCACGAGGCCUGGCAUUGGCUAGGUCCACGGCUCGGCCUCCGUGACCGGUGUGGCCCCGCUGCUACUGCUGCUUCUCAUCUCCCUACUGCUGCUUCUCAUGUCCGCCUGCUCCAGCUCCUGUGUCCGCAGGAGCGGCCACUUUGAGGUGUUCUAUUGGACCCACCUGUCCUACCUCCCAUGUCUGCAUGGGCCCAACUUCUGGAAGUAGCUGCUGGUCCCUGGCAUCUUAUUCUUCCUGGAGAAGACCGUCGGCCUGGCCGCAUCCCUCAUGGAGGCCCUGUGCAUCGUGGAAGUCAAUCUCCUCCCUUCCAAGGUCACUCAUCUCCUCAUCAAGAAGCCUCCUCCUUUCCACUACAGGCCUGGCGACUACUUGUAACUGAACACCCCCACCAUCGUGCACCACAAGUGGCACCCCUUCACCAUCAGCAGCGCUCCCGAGCAGAAAGACACCAUCUGGCUACACACCCGGUCCCAGGGCCAGUGGAUAAACAGGCUGUAUGAGUCCUUCAAGAAAUCAGACCCAGUGGGCUAUGGUUCUGAGAGGCUCUCAAGGAGUUUGAAAAUGAGAAGGAGUCAGAGGAAGCCGCAGGGAAGUGACUGCAGGGAAGUGUCCUCUGAGAACCACCAAUUCUGCAACAUCAAGUGCUACAUCGAUGGCCCUUACAGGACCCCCAACCGCAGGAUCUUCGCCUCCGAGCCUGCUGUGCUCAUCGGGGCAGGCGUCGGCAUCACCCCCUUUGCUUCCAUCCUGCAGAGCAUCUUGUACAGGCACCAGAAGAGAACGCACAUCUGCCCCCACUGCCAGCGCUCCGGGAGGGAGGGUUGUGUGCAGGAUGCUGACGUGAAGCUCCACAGGGUGGACUUCAUCUGGAUCAACCGAGACUAGCGGUCUUUCGAGUGGUUUGUGAGUCUGACCAGAGUGGAGGUGGACCAGGCCGAGGAGACUCAGGAGGGCCGUUUCCUGGAGCUGCGCAUGUAUAUGACCUCCGUGCUGGGCAAGAAUGACAUGAAGGCCAUUGGUUUGCAGAUGGCCCUUGACCUCCAGGCCAAGAAGGAGAAGAAGGAUUCCAUCACGGGCCUCCAGACACACAGCCAGCCUGGACGGCCAGAUUGGAACGAGGUGUUCCAGAAGUUAGCCACUGAGAAGAAGGGCAAGGUGCAGGUCUUCUUCUGUGGCUUCCCAGCUCUGGCCAAGGUGCUCAAGGACCAUUGUAAGCAGUUUGGCUUCAAGUUUUUCCAAGGGAACUUCUAG